GCGUGUGCGUGUGCGUGUGCAUGUGCGUGUGUGUGUGUGCGUGUGUGUGUGUGCGAGCGUGUGCUUAUAAUUGUUUGCUUGUGUUUGUUUGUUUAUGUACACUUUGUAUACACAGAUAAUAUCACAUGCAAUACCCGGGAAAUGUGGUUGACCGGUUUGAGAAAAGCCCUUGGACAGACGAGUUCGGGGAACCACAAAUGGCGGCGAACGAAGAAAUUAUCGAAGAAAUUCUGACCUGCAGUAGUUCUGCGAAUGAGGAGGAGAUUGUGCACAUAAUCCAAAGUAACGAAGGUCAGGAUGCUGCUCAGGAGACAGGUCUCACAGAGGAGGAAGGGGAGAGUCAAGAGCAUAAGGAACUUGUGUUUUGGGUACCAGCCUUGUUGAUGGUAGGGAGGGAACAACAAAGGAUAACAGUAACCCAGGAUGAGUUAAAGAGGAGAGUUGCUCCACCUGAAUGUUUAAGUCAGACAAUGCUGCUGUCCCUCCUUCGUCUGAGCAAAGAGAAGGGGAGGGAGCUGAAGGAAACUUUAGCCAAAAAUGGUAUCAAGAAAUUGACAUCGAAAUCUGCUGUGAUUUCAUGCUUCACAAAACUUACUGAGAUGGAAGCAGCACAGCUAGCAGAGGAUUACUUUUAUCUUGCAUCUAAACAUCUGAGAUUGAGAGAAAUUAAUCGUGAAAUUCUUCGCUCUCGUGAAGGAUGGGAGAAUUUUGAAAUCCAGGCAAACCAAACAAAGGAAUUGUUACAAGAUAUAUUAAGAGAGAUAGAAUCCCGGGACACUAAUCUCAGCUUAAUCACUCAUGGCUUUUCUCCACUUAUCAUAAGGGCUGUGAUUGAUAUUCUCGUUGAGAUUAUUACCUUCCACGAGGCUUAACCCAAGCAAAAUUGCUGUUCUUUAUUAAUGUAAUUUCUAGUAUAUUUAGUAUGUCUCUCUUAACAAUUUUGAAAUAAUUGACUAAUCAAUAAAUUGUGAAAAUA